AUGCCAUCCUUUCCUAAUGAGGGAGAUAACCAUGGAAGUGCUCCUCUGACUUUGAGUUCGGAACUACCCUAUCAGGGCACAAUUAAAAGAAAAGUCAGAAAGAAGAAGAAGAAUGGAGUCAUCACUGCCAAUGUUGCUGGCACAAAAUAUGAAAUUGUGCGUGUAGUAAUACAGGAAAUGGGCUUUGUGAAAACGCGUGAUGAGGAUGAAACAGCAAAUCUUAUCUGGAGCGAUUGUGCUGUGCAGCAAGAGAAGAUUGCUGAGCUGCGGAACUAUCAGAGAAUCAAUCAUUUUCCAGGAAUGGGAGAGAUAUGCAGAAAGGAUUUUCUGGCAAGAAACAUGACUAAAAUGAUCAAGAGUCAGCCUCAGGAGUACAGUUUCGUUCCUCGAACAUGGAUCUUUCCUGCAGAAUACACACAGUUUCAGAACUAUGUAAAAGAAUUGAAGAAGAAACGUAGACAGAAAACUUUCAUAGUCAAACCAGCUAAUGGUGCAAUGGGACAUGGGAUCUCUUUAAUAAGAAAUGGAGAAAAGUUACAAGCUCAGGAUCACUUAAUUGUUCAGGAAUAUCUUGACAAACCAUUUCUUAUGGAAGGCUACAAGUUUGAUUUACGUGUGUAUAUUCUUGUAACUUCCUGUGAUCCAUUAAAAGUAUUUUUAUAUCAUGAUGGACUGGUGAGAAUGGGCACAGAAAAGUAUCACCCCCCCAGUGACUCAAAUUUGAGUCAAUUGUAUAUGCAUCUGACUAACUACUCUGUCAAUAAACAUAAUGAACAUUUUGAACGGGAUGAAACAGAAGACAAAGGAAGCAAACGCUCCAUAAAAUGGUUUACUGAGUUUCUAGAAACAAACAACCUUGAUGUCUCCAAAUUUUGGAGUGAUAUUUCAGAGCUGGUGGUGAAGACUCUGAUAGUUGCAGAGCCGCACGUGCUUCACGCUUAUCGCAUGUGCAGGCCAGGGCAAGCACCAGGAAGUGACAGUGUCUGCUUUGAAGUCCUGGGAUUUGAUAUUCUGCUGGACAGAAAACUAAAACCAUGGCUCCUAGAGAUUAAUCGUGCCCCAAGCUUUGGAACGGAUCAAAAAAUAGACUAUGAUGUAAAAAAAGGUGUUCUGCUAAAUGCAUUAAAGCUUCUCAACAUACGGACAAGUGAUAAAAGGAGAAAUUUAGCCCAACAGAAGGCUGAGGCUCAAAAAAGACUUUAUGGCCAAGGUCCAGUGAAAAAACUCUUGCCAGGUUCCUCAGACUGGGAGAAGCAGCGCCACACACUGGAAAGGAGAAAACAAGAACUGAAGGAAAGACUUGCACAAGUACGUAAACAGAUUUCCAAAGAGGAGCAUGAAAAUAGACACAUGGGGAACUACAGGCGAAUUUACCCUCCUGAUGACAAGACAUUACUUGAAAAGUAUGAGAGUUUGUUAGCCACUGCUUUCCAGACAUUUCUUGCUGGAAGAGCAGCUUCACUUCAGAGGGAAAUGAAUAACCCCUUAAAAAGAAUGAAGGAAGAGGACAUUUUGGAUCUUCUGGAGCAGUGUGAAAUAGAUGAUGAAAAGCUAAUGGGAAAAUGCACCAGGCAACGAGGACCUAAGACCUUGUGUUCAAUGCCAGAAAGUGCACAUUCCUUAAGGAAACCUAAGAACCACAGCAGUGACAGUAGCUGUGAUAGUGAUAGCAGUUUGUCAGAUUCGGGAGAAGAAACUGAAAAGGAAGAUCACAAUGAAAAAAAAGAGAAAAAAGUUUCAUAUGAUCUUGAAGAAAAUAAAUACAAGUCUUUGGAACGAUCAGGUAGAAUGAACUACAAACCUUCCAAUAAAAAUGUGAAGUCUCCAUCGUAUUCGUCCCCCACCUCACCCGCAGGCCCAAUAAGGCGUUCUGUGAGCUGUCCUCGUUCCAUUUCCAUACUCACUAUGCAGUCCCAGGGAGCUGAGCAGCGCCCCUUUUCAGCCAAAGCAUCUCUCCAAAUGCAGAGAACAUCCCCAGUGAACAGGUCUCACUCUCUAAGUCGUAGCCCAUCUUCAGCCAGAUUCUCUCAGACAGCCACUUUGGGAACUAUGAACUCUUCAGGGUCAGCUAAUAGAAUUGGAAAGACAUUAAGCUUGUGUCUUCACAACAACGUGUUAAAGAGUGAGUCUUUGCUGCAACAGAAAACGAAAGAGCAAGAAGUUGCUUUGACAAAGGAGACUCUUCUCCUUAUGAAUGACUUGAGAGUCAAGUUCCCAGGAAAAACAAAUGAAGAAUCUGAAUUAAUUAUAGAAGAUAUUAUGGAUAAUUGGAAGUAUCAUAAAACAAAAGUGUCAUCCUAUUGGCUGGUGAAACUGGAUUCAACAAAGCAACGAAAAGUUUUGGAUAUAGUCAGGACUAGUGUCCGUGCAGUUCUACACCAUGUCUGGAAAGCUCCAGACAUUGAAAAUUUACAUCUCUACCGUCUGUUUAACCGUGUAUUUAAUCGCUUACUUUGGAGCCAUGGUCAAGGCCUAUGGAACUGUUUCUGUAAUUCAGGGAGCUCUUGGGAAACCAUGUUCAGUAAAGGCUCAGAGGCAGUGACUCCUGAGCAACUCCAGUGUUGCCAACGAAUAGUACAGCUUUGUAAACACUGCCUGCUGGUAGUUUACAAACAGUCAUCAGAUUCAAGAGGAUCCCCAACUGGGAUGAGCCACCACUGGGAUGAUACAAGGUGUUUAUUGCCAAGACCUACACUGUUCAUCCUGAAAUCAUCCUCAUCCAAACUUAGCUGCAGUUCAUCUGGAAUGCCUCGCCCUAACAUUUUGUUCACUCACAGAUACAGUCACUUGUGA